AGCGACUAACUGAUCAAGCGCUGAAAGCAGAUUAAACGGUUAAACUGAAGUGCGUCUCUGUGAAACUCCCGGUGGACUAACCCACCUUCACUUUAUUUAUUUACCGGCCCAAUGACUCUUCUGUCUUCACCGGCGACGGAUAGUUCAUGAAAAUGUUACUCUUCGUGUGAGAUCUGGGGACCUCUUGAAGCUCCAAUCAUGGCAGCAAACAAGAGCCUAUGUUUGAUGGAGAGGACCACUGGAUCAAGAAGGAAAAGCUCUUACACUGUCUGGAAUUCACCACUGAUGAAACAAGAACUCUGAACUGUUCUCCUUGGUCAUAUUAACCUGCCAAAGUUCAGGUGUAAAACAUCGACUUAGAUGCAGUGCAAAUGGAUAAAACAAAAACUUCAAAAUCACACACACUGGAUAUAUUUAUGCUGAGCAAGCCAAUGAAGUAAAAAUAUUUAUUCAAUGUUAGCGAUCAUAUGAAAAGAAUGAUUAAGUCAAAUAUUUUGAAGAAUUGGUAUUGAAGCUAUGGAAAAGUUCCUCUUUGGUGGGGCAACAUAUCAUCUGACUGUAAGUGGUCCAAUGGUGAGCUUUUACUCAGUGUUUAGCUAAAUGGAGGAGCGGGACCGCAGUCGCUCACCAUCUCGCAGGACCAGCAGAGUAGAGCAGGUGGUGGGACGCUGGCUUCGCCGCUCCAGAGAGUCCAUCAGCCGAGAGCGUGUAUUAGAAGAUGGACAGGUUACUGACAAUGGCUCUCAGGAGCAGAGGAGCUGCACUCUUCGAGUCACUGUUAAAAUCCCUCUUGACUCCACCCUUAACUCCCAUGGUUUUACUGUAUCAACACACACUCCACCACAGGUGCUGGACGUGACAGAAGGAGGCCCUGCUGAUGGAAAGCUGGUUCCUGGUGACCAACUUUUCAAAAUAAACAACAUUACUGUUGAAGAUCUUUCUACAGAGCAGGCCGCUGACAUCAUCAGAGAAUGUCAGAACACAGUAAUAUUGACUGUCCUGAGAAAUACAUUGGGACCAAAGUCGUCCUUCAUAACUCCAGAGAAGAGAGCCAAGCUGAAGUCCAACCCUGUUAAAGUGAGGUUUGCAGAGGAGGUGGUGGUCAACGGUCACUCACAGGGCAAUUCUCUGCUGUUCCUGCCUAAUGUUCUGAAGGUCUAUCUGGAGAACGGCCAAACGAAGGCUUUCAAGUUUGAAUCUAAAACCACUGUUAAGGACAUAGUGAUGACUCUGAAGGAGAAACUGUCAAUAACCCGUAUAGAACACUUCUCCCUAGUACUGGAACAACAAUACAGCAUCAGCAAACUCUAUCUACUGCAUGAGGAAGAGAUUAUUCAAAAGGUGGUUGAAAAAAAGGAGACACAUGACUACAGGUGUCUGUUCCGUGUCUGUUUUCUACCCAGAGACUUUAAAAGCAUGCUUACAGAAGAUCCUGUGGGCUUUGAGUAUCUGUACUUACAGAGUGUGAGUGAUGUAUUACAGGAGAGAUUCGCUGUAGAGAUGAAAUGUAAUACAGCUCUCAGACUGGCUGCUCUACAUGUACAGGAAAAGCUAGCCAGCAGUGGACAAUCCCUUAAAACACCACUUAAAGCUAUCAUGAAGGAGUGGGGUAUUGAAAGCUUUGUGUCCCACACCUUACUGCGCAACAUGAGAGAAAAGGACUUAAAGAAAGCCAUCAGUUACCACAUGAAAAAGAUUCUGUCUCAGGAGCCCAAGCAAAAGAUGAUCUCAGUGGAUCAAGCUAGACUGAACUACAUGAAUGAGAUGUCUGAACUCAAGUCAUAUGGAGGAAAAGCUUUUAGCGCCACUAUGAUGGUAAGAGAUGUAUUCUGCAUCUUAAUAGCCACUUUCAGGCAUGAAAUCCAUUAAAGUGCUGUAACAAUU